CGCCCCGGCCCCGUUCCCCUCCCACCCCCGCCCCCGGCUCUGAUUUCUUCUCCCGAGCGAGCUCGGCAGGAGACACAGGCGCUGGCUGCCCGGUCCGCUCUCCGCCUCCGCCGCGCCCUCCUCGCCCGGGAUGGGCCCCCCCGCCGCCGCCGCCGCCGCCGCCGCCGCCGCCGCCAGAGCCAUCUCCUCCAGACCGCCGCCUUAGUCGCUGAGCACGUCCUGAAGCCCUGGCGGCCCCGCGCACCUACUCACUCCGCAGCCUCGCCCGCUGCCCGCGCCGGCCGGCGGUAGACAAGUCACGAUGCUGCCGCCCGUGUCCUCCCUCCUCGGGCUGCUGCUGCUGUUACUCCUGUGUCCAGCGCACGUCGGUGGACUGUGGUGGGCCGUGGGCAGCCCCUUGGUCAUGGACCCUACCAGCAUCUGCAGGAAGGCACGGCGACUGGCAGGACGCCAGGCUGAGUUGUGCCAGGCUGAGCCGGAAGUGGUGGCAGAGUUAGCCCGGGGUGCCCGGCUUGGGGUACGAGAGUGCCAGUUCCAGUUCCGCUUCCGACGCUGGAACUGCUCCAGCCACAGCAAAGCCUUUGGGCGCAUCCUGCAGCAGGACAUUAGGGAGACCGCCUUCGUGUUUGCAAUUACGGCUGCGGGAGCCAGUCACGCGGUCACACAGGCCUGUUCUAUGGGUGAGCUUCUGCAAUGUGGCUGCCAGGCACCCCGCGGUCGGGCCCCGCCCCGGCCCUCUGGCCUGCCUGGCACCCCUGGACCCCCUGGACCCGCAGGCUCCCCAGACGCCAGUUCUGCCUGGGAGUGGGGAGGCUGCGGUGACGACGUGGACUUUGGGGACGAGAAGUCAAGGCUCUUUAUGGAUGCCCGGCACAAGCGGGGACGUGGAGACAUCCGAGCGCUGGUGCAGCUACACAACAACGAGGCAGGCCGGCUGGCCGUGCGGAGCCAUACGCGCACCGAGUGCAAGUGCCAUGGGUUGUCCGGCUCGUGCGCACUGCGCACCUGCUGGCAGAAGCUGCCCCCGUUCCGCGAGGUGGGCGCGCGGCUGCUGGAGCGCUUCCACGGCGCCUCACGUGUCAUGGGCACCAACGACGGCAAGGCCCUACUGCCCGCCGUUCGCACGCUCAAGCCGCCCGGCCGCGCCGACCUCCUAUACGCCGCGGAUUCGCCUGACUUCUGUGCCCCAAACCGGCGCACCGGCUCGCCGGGCACUCGCGGCCGUGCCUGCAACAGCAGUGCCCCGGACCUCAGUGGCUGCGAUCUGUUGUGCUGCGGCCGUGGGCACCGCCAGGAGAGCGUGCAGCUCGAGGAGAACUGCCUGUGCCGCUUCCACUGGUGCUGCGUGGUGCAGUGCCACCGCUGCCGCGUGCGCAAGGAGCUCAGCCUCUGCCUCUGAUCCGACGCCCGGCUCACCAAUUGCGCAGAGCCGCCUUUCGGUACCUGCAGAACCUCUAGGGUCCAGUAGGGAGCGCUGCCUGGUCCCAGCCAUUCCUUGCGAGAGUCCAUCUCCCAGGCUUCCGGAAAUUGUGAGACCGUGGCUUGGGAUAUGCGUCAGCCCACGAAGGCCAAGUGCACCGGACUGAUCCCCAAGAAGCGCUCUGGGAGUUUCUUGGGGGGAUUAUACAAGCCCUCCAGGUGGAAACCAAAAAGCCGGUCUCUAGACCUCUGGAGAGGGGCUCCUAAGAACGCUGGCCAUGGAAUGGGUGGGUGAGUUUAGCAUCAAUAAAGAUAUUUAAACCAACAGGACUGGACACGCAGUUUGGGAGGACUGGUCUACCUCCAGCUGCCAGAGGGCUCGGGAAGGAGUGUGUAAAAGGGAGGGGGUUUUGAUGGAACUUACAUCUUAGAGGUUGUCACCCUGGGUACCCAUCUCCUCUGCUACUGGAUUGGACUCUCCUGGAAACUCUGUACCUUUACACUUUUACCCUUUUUGUCCCACAAUGGGGGCCUGCAUCUGAGGAAGAACUAGUGAUUCCUCUUUAAAGAGUCGGUGAGAAGAUCCAGGAAAAGGGGACGAGAAGCGUCUGGUGUGCUCAGGCCUGGCCUUAAUUUUUAGGGUGUUGUGUUUAUUCAUGUGGCCCCCAGGGAACUCAAAGGUAGGCUUUUGGGGCCAGCCAAGUCCAUGGAAUUAAAGCACUUUAUCAACUGUAGAAUAUGAUGAAACUAGGUGAUUAGCAACGCCAGCUUCUUUUUACCAUCAAACUAACCUCACCCCUAUUAGCACUGAAAAGACUGCCCACACAUUUCUAGUCCUGCUUGGAGGGCAAAAGAGGUUUCUCUUGGCACCCAACCACACCACCUUCCUUCUGGCUCCUUUGGAAGUUGAAGGUAAAGGGAUGUGGGCAGUUCUGACUUCUCCAGAACUGAAGCCUUCCUUGGGGGGAGGGGGGCAACUGUGGGGAUUUGAAGUCCCCACCUUCCUCCAGUCCAAAUAAUGUAAUGGGGAAUGACUCCCCCAUUGAGGUAUGUAGGACAAAGCAUGAAAUUUGUAUUCAAGAGCUCUGAGUUUAAAGCUUCUGCUGAUGAUGCUUAGUUUAUAACAUAGGCCAAUGUGGCCUCAGUGU